UUAACAGCUGCUGUCUCUUUUUUGGUCGCUUCCCCAGGCUCAUGACUUUGGGGAGAGAAGCAGAUCCACCAUGCCGGCAGCUCAGAGCCGGGCCCGGGCCCGAGACAGGAACGUCUUGAACCGAGCCGAGUUCCUCUCGUUGAACCAGCCCUUGAAAGGGGCCCAGGAACCCAGGAGUUCGGGACGGCGGCCGAACAGCCAGGGCGGUGCUGCCCCGGCCCCGAGCGAGGGGGCCAAGGAGCGCCGGCAGUCCCAGCAGCUGCCCGAAGAGGAUUGCAUGCUGCUAAACCCUUCCUUCAAAGGCAUCGCUUACAAUUCCCUGUUGGCCAUCGACAUCUCGCUCUCCAAGAGGCUGGGGGUGUGCGCCAGCAACGCCUCGGCCUGGGGCAAUGCCCGCUCCAUGAUCAACCUCAUCGGGAUAACCGGCCACGGCGUGCCCUGGAUCGGGGGCACGCUCGUCUGUUUGGUUAAGAGUAGCACCUUGGCCGGCCAAGAGGUCCUCUUGAACCUACUGCUGGCCUUGCUCUUUGACAUUAUCAUUGUUGCCAGCUUACAGAAGAUGGCCAAGCGGAAGGGGCCGUAUGAUAUCAGCCCCGGCCUGUUGGACUACCUGACUAUGGACAUCUAUGCCUUUCCCGCCGGUCACGCCAGCCGGGCCGCCAUGGUGUCGAAGUUCUUCCUCAACCAUCUGGUUUUAGCUGUCCCGCUUCGAAUCUUACUGGUUCUCUGGGCCGUUUUAGUGGGACUUUCCCGGAUCAUGGUUGGACGUCACCAUGUCACCGACGUCCUCUCUGGCUUUGCCUUUGGCUAUCUGCAUUUCCGCCUGGUGGAGGUCAUGUGGAUGUCAUCCAAUACGUGCCAAAUGUUGAUUUCCAUGUGGUGAACAGCAGCGACACGCCUUGCUUCCCCUCCCUAGACUCUUUUAAAAGUGAACAAUUUUGGGAAAUGAAACACUGUACACCAAUCCUCCGUGUGUUGGAAAUGAAUACCAGCUUCCACUGUGACAAUGAAGAUCAGGUUGCAUCUACCAGCACGAAUUCUCCUGGUAAUUGGCCGGCACUGCGCAGUUGAGACCCACUGCUAUAUUUGGUCACGUCUUCUCAACUCCCCAUUUGGACGGCAGGUUCUUUGGGCUGCAGACAGAAAACAAAAUUACACGAUGUUUCUCUAUUUCUUCGUUUAGAUGGACUCUUGACAUUGCCGGAACACACAGCCCAGGUUGUUCCAUGUGGUGGUGUGUUAAUUUGCUAUCUUGGCGGCUGAAAAACCACAGGUUUGCCAGGUUGCUACCUGGAGAUCUAUGCUAUGCCUUUUAAAUCCCUCCAUGCAGCAACAGUUGGAUUUAUUUAGUACAUUUCUGAACCGACCCAAUAUAUUUAAAAACAAAACCGAAGGAUUGUAACCUUGGGGAAAUAAAAAAAGGUCUUCAUCCGAUGCCAAAAAGACCGCAACCAGGAUGCCACCACUGAAAAAGCCCUUUUCUUAAUUGUGUCCACCCACCUCACAUCAUUUGUCAUGGGCACCCGGAGGAAGACCCCUGAAGAUGACCUCAGGGUUUGGGGACGUAUAUAUGGGAGAUGAGGCCUUUGUGGUACCUUUCGCCAAACCUCCCCUUGCCGUGUUGUUCAUUUCCUCUUUUCACUAUUGUUGCAAGCACCAUACCAAGACCGUGCUGGUGCGUGCCAGGCGGUUUUUGAACAUUCAAGCCCCACCUGUGGCUUGUGGCGUCCUCUGAACCCUGAGACCAUGAGUUAUGUGAGGGCUGAACAGCCCUCGCAUAACCCACAGUCCCUGAGUUCAGACGACACCACAAGCCGUGACCGGGCUUAAAUAAGCUUCGGCGGACUGUUCAAUUGAGGUUAGAUCAGGAAUUAGGAGACCCAAAUUAAAGUCAUUUCACUAAGUGACCUUUGGGCUGGUCACUGUCUUUCAGCCUAAUCUAACUCACAGGGUUGUUGUGAGAAUAGAAUGGGGGGGGGGCAAUCUGAAUGACGCCUGGAACUUGGAGGACGGGCAGGAUAAAAGAAUGUAUGUUAUGGCUAGGUGAAACCAUGUCUGCCUCACUUGGGUGAUUUAAAAGGGUGGAAUGGGGUCUCUGGGUUACACUGCCCUAGUGAACCACUAUGAAGAGGGGGUAUUUUUAUUUGUUUGUUUGUUUCAUUCAUUUGCAGCCAUAGUCCCUUGUGCAAGCUGGGCACGAAGCCAGACUUUAACAAGUAAUAAAGGAUACGUCGAGUUUC